GAUAACGGUAAAUUCAUUAUACGAGUAACGUGUACAUAAUUAUUCCUUAACUAUUUAUGAAAAGUGACUUAAAUAGUAGAAAAAUAAAAGAAAACUAAGUUUCCCGAGAUGAUUAUCUUGAUGUUUUUUUCAAUAAUUAUUCUUUUCUUUUUGUUAGUGAAAUUAUAUCAAAGGUUAGCGUGUCGCGUAUGUCGUUCAAGUGCUCAUAUGGUAGGUAAAACUGUGAUAAUAACUGGGGGAAAUAGUGGAUUGGGCUUGGAAACUGCCAAAAAUUUAGCAGACCGAGGAGCACGUGUUAUUAUUGCUUGCCGUAGUCUCAAGCGAGGGAGUGAGGCUGCUGAACAAAUUACAAAGGCCACUGGAAAUAAAAACGUUGAAUAUCGCCACCUUGACUUGGCAUCUUUUCGUUCGGUGCGGGAAUUCUGUGAAAACACUCUGAAAAUAGAAAAACGGUUGGACGUUCUAAUAAAUAAUGCUGCAGCCGGUGGUCUCGGAAAUUACAAGACAGAAGAUGGUAACCAUGUGGGAAUGCAAGUAAACUAUUUCGGAACAUUCUUAUUGACAAAUCUUCUCCUGCCUCUUUUAAAGUCAUCCGCUCCUAGCCGAAUUAUAAAUGUAUCAUCCGUUAUUCAUAAAUAUGGUGAAAUGGAUUUUGAAAAUUUGAACAUGGAAAAGUACUGGAGUGAUUAUUUGGUAUAUGCUAAUAGUAAAUUAUACUUAAAUCUAAUGACCUUGGAACUCAGCCGCAGAUUAAAGGGUACGGGUGUCACUGUAAAUGCUUUGCAUCCAGGUGUGGCGGCCACAAAUAUAUUCAGAAAUAUUAAGAGUGAUAUAAUUCGCAACGUUGUUCUUUUACUCUUAAAUUUUCUGUAUAAAAGUGUUUGGGAAGCAUCACAAACAUCUAUUCAUCUUGCUGUAUCACCAGAAGUUCAAAAUGUGAGCGGGCGUUAUUUCAGCAACUGUCAAGAGGACACACCAUCCAAGCUAUCACGAGAUCCACAAGUUGCAGAAAGACUUUGGAAGGAAUCAGAAAAAAUAGUGAAGUGCAGUUUUGAUUUGAGUAGCUAAUGGUUGAAUAUAAGCAAUUAUACAUACAUAAAAGAGUAGAUAUAUGUGAUGUUCUGAUCGUUUGAGCAUUUCAUAUUGGUAUUUUAAUUUUUCAUAUCUUCAACAACUUUUGUUUUUACUUACCUACUAGAUAAAAAAAUCCUGAAAUUUUGUACAAUGUGUUAUUUAAUAAAAGUGUCUUAUGACAUG